CUUCAUAUCAUCUCCUCUUAAAUUUCUUUGUAGUUGUAGUGAAAAACCUCUUAGGAUUUUAUCAAACUUCUUUCACAAUAUAAUAGCAAUGGCAGCUAAAAGAUUCUUUGAUGACUCUGCUGAUCCUGACUCCAACCAAUCAAAUUACAAACGCAUAAGAAAAACACCUUCUUUUGCUUCUGUGAUUAAAGAAGUUGUGAUGGUGAAUUUCUUGGAUAACUUCUGUUCAGCCUUGGAACCCAUGCUCCGAAGAGUGGUUCACGAAGAGGUGGAAAAUGGACUUAGACGAUGUUCUCGAUCAAUAGGAAGAUCACCUUCAUUAAGAAUCAAAGCUCUUGAACCCUCAAACCUACGUUUAAUAUUUAACAAAAAACUCUCUCUACCAAUUUUCACCAACAGCAAGAUUGUGGAUUCACAUGGCCACUCUCUCCAACUCCUCCUCGUUGACGCGACCGGUGAUUGCCUGGUCCCGACAACCUUAGCUUCUCCAAUUAAAAUCGAGAUUGUCGUGCUUGACGGAGACUUUCCUAGUGGAGAAAAUGAAGCAAGUUGGACACAUGAAGUGUUCAAUGAGAACAUAGUUAAGGAAAGGGCUGGAAAAAGACCAUUGCUUACCGGUGAACUUAAUAUUACUAUGAGAGAUGGUGUUGCUUCCCUUGGUGAUCUUGAAUUUACUGACAAUUCUAGUUGGAUACGUAGCCGGAGAUUUCGGAUUGGUGCAAAAGUGGUUCACAUUGGAAAUGGUCAAAAUAAUACUGUUCGAAUAAUGGAAGCUAUGACCGAUUCUUUUAUGGUUAAAGAUCACCGGGGAGAAUUGUAUAAGAAACAUUAUCCACCAGCAUUAGGAGAUGAUGUGUGGCGUCUUGAAAAGAUUGGUAAAGAUGGAACUUUUCACAAGAAGCUAACUUCACAAGGCAUCAAGACGGUACAAGAUUUUCUCAAGUUGGCAAAUAUUGACCCAGAAAAGAUAAGAAGGAUACUUGGAAACGGAAUGUCGGAAAAAAUGUGGGAAGUAACAUAUAGACAUGCAAAAACUUGUAAGAUGGGCACGAAAUCAUACAUAGCACGAGGAGCAAACUACACUCUCAUCCUCAAUCCAAUAUGUCAAGUUAUUAGGGCAACUAUUAAUGGGCAAAUUUGCCACAGUAGAGAAUUAAGAGGAAUUCAAAGGGCCUAUAUUGAGAAGUUGGUGAAGGAUGCCUUCACAAAUUGGAAUUCUUUAGAAGAAGUUGAUGGUGGCCUGAUCAAUGAACCAGCUCUACUUACUCAAGGAGAACCAGCAGUGCAUCAUCUAAAUGCCUAUCCUAGGAGUGCACUUUUGACUGCAGCAGGUGGAUCUGAUCAAGCAGUUGAGUACCCUGACUGGAUUUUUAAUGGAGUUCGUUAUAUCUCAGAAUCUUCUUCUGAAGGGGAAUUACAUUACUUAUGAACAUUUAAGGAAAAUAAAAGAUUAAGAAAAAGGGAAUCAAAGGAAUGGAUUUUACCAUCACGUGGAUCAAGGGCUUAAAUGAAAUGACACGAAUAGUGAAAAUUCAUAUAGUCCAUCUUAAUUUGUUUGACAUUAAAGCGUAAUUGCUUGUUGUUAUUGUUGUAGUCUUGCUGAUGUACAUAUACAUAUUAUGUAACCCAAUCCACAAAGCUAGGGGCAAAAAAUGCAGGACUCGUGCCACCCCUUUGCGAAAGAUGUGUGGUUUGCAAUAUCAGAUUUUUUUUUUGCUUUGUUCUUUAAUUUAUAAAAUCUCGAUUGUUGUA